CCUCUCUCGGAGACCGGGAGGCAUUUCAGCCCCGCGCCGGGCGGGGUUUGGGCCUGAUGUCACAGGAAGCGAGGAGGGCUCCCCAUUCGGAGCUGCCGAGCGGACGCGGCUGCCGAGGCUUUCCGCGCAGCGCAGCGGAGCAGAGCCGAGCGAGUCCGCCCCUGCCUCAGGCCAGCGGGCUGCUGCUCUUCUUGUGCCUGCCGCCAGGAUUGGACCCCGCUCCUGGGAUCCCCGGAGAGAGUCUCAACGUCGCCCUGGCUUGAUUCCCCCACCACCACCACCACCACGGGGCAGCUGGAGAGCUCCGUCCCAGCCCAGGAAGCACCCGCGCCCCCCCACCCCGCCGGAUUGUACACGCCUCUGAUUUUACACACAUCUGACUUGCCUCUUUUUUUUAAACUUUUCAAACUGCAUCUUAGAAAGGGGAGCAGCCUGCGGUGAGUACCGGGCUCUGCGCCCGAUCCCGUAUCUUGCGGUCCGCAGCGAUCCUGGGAAGAAUGCGGCCGGUCCACUUUCCUGAAGUUCUUUGCCGGGGCAAGGACGCCGGGCUUUGCCGAAAGGGGAGCGGGGUUGGGAUAUUUUUCUUUUUCUUUUUGGCUUCCACUUUAGGAACCCCAGCCUUGUGGUACCUUCUUGUUGUAGUGUGAAACAACAUUGCAUAGAUUACAUGAUGGAGAUAAACUGGAUCAUACAACUGCUGCUCUUCUUAGCCCUUAGCCUGGUAUUCGUUGCAGCCAUUCCAGAAGAGAAGCAAGGGAAUUUUACUGACGAAAUGUAUCUCAAGGCUGACAAGAAUGUGACCGACGACCUCCAUGCAUUGGGUGUAACUACGUACAAAAUCAUGACAGCACAAUAUGAAUGUUACCAGAAAAUCGCACAAGCUUCUCCACGCAACUAUGACGAACCUCACUGCAACAGCACCUGGGACGGCUGGUUGUGCUGGGAUGAUGUUGCUGCCGGUAAAACAGCAGUGCAGAAUUGCCCCGAUUAUUUUCAGGACUUCGACCCAUCAGAAAAAGUAUACAAGACUUGUGAACAAAAUGGACACUGGUUUGUACAUCCUGAUAGUAACAGAACAUGGACAAACUUCUCACAGUGUAAUGCAAGAGUCAAGUUUAAACUCCAGACUGCACUCAAUAUGUAUUAUCUCACUAUCAUCGGGCACAGCCUCUCACUCGUUUCACUGUUGAUUUCUCUUGGCAUAUUCUUCUAUUUUAAGAGCCUGAGUUGCCAGAGGAUCACCUUACACAAAAACCUCUUCUUCUCUUUUGUUUGCAACUCUGUCGUCACAAUUAUUUGUCUGACAGGAGUUGCCAACAAUCAACAGCUCGUUGCGGCUAAUCCAGUUGGAUGCAAAGUGGCUCACUUCCUACAGCUGUAUCUGUUGGUGUGCAACUACUUUUGGAUGCUCUGUGAAGGCGUUUACCUGCACACACUCAUUGUGGUGGCAGUAUUUGCGGAAAAACAGCACUUAAUGUGGUACUACCUUCUUGGUUGGGGAUUCCCACUCAUUCCUGCCUGCAUACACGCUGUAGCGAGAAGCAUAUAUUUCAAUGACAACUGCUGGAUCCGUUCAGACACUCAUCUAUUGUACAUUGUCCAUGGUCCAAUUUGUGCUGCUCUCUUGGUGAAUCUCUUUUUCCUCUUGAACAUUGUUCGUGUUCUGAUCACCAAGCUCAAAGUUACCCACCAGGCCGAAUCCAACCUCUACAUGAAGGCUGUCAGAGCCACCCUCAUUCUAGUGCCACUUCUUGGCAUUGAGUUUGUACUCUUUCCCUGGCGACCAGAAGGCCGGAUCGCUGAAGAGAUUCAUGACUAUGUGAUGCAUAUCCUUAUGCACUAUCAGGGCUUGCUGGUGGCCACAAUAUUCUGCUUCUUCAAUGGAGAGGUCCAGUCUGUUUUGAGGAGACACUGGAACCAAUACAGGAUCCAAUUUGAGCACAGUUUUGCCCAUUCAGAUGGUCUUCGCUCGGCUUCAUAUACAGUCUCCUCCUCAAUCACUGAUGGUCAAAGCUUCACCUACAAUCACGACUGCACCAGUGAACAUUUAAAUGGCAAAACCUUUCAUGACUUGGACAAUGUGGUCUUUAAAGCUGACAAAUUGUAUGGCUGAUCAUGGAAGACUGCUUUUUCCCCUCCCAUACCUUGUGAUGUGUUGAGUGGAUGACUUCAUGUGCGCAGAAGAACUUUUCUUUGUCGGUCUGGGGGUGGUUGUCCAUGAAAGUUGCAAUGAAUAUCAGUGUGUUUCUCACAUGUGCCCAUACAUUCGCGUAGCUUAGCACAUGAGCAUUUGUUCUUAGUUGUUUGUACACUGGAGCAGGUCAUGCCCAUUAAUUGAAAUUUUAAAUUUUUUUUUGAGUUCUGGAUUUUCAACAUUCAGAGAAACACUAAAUAGGGAUCAAUCAUGCUCUAGUUACACGCGCAUGUGUGAAUAGGUCUUGUACAUAUAAAUAUCGAGGUAGAUAGCUGUUGCCUCUUCAGUUUCUACUGUGUAGAUAAAGUGGGCAGUUAUUUCAUAUGAAGGGAGUGAAAGAAAUUAUUAUAAUUAUAAUUAUUUUUUCCCAGCAGUUUGUAUUGUGACUGGGUUGUUUUUUGAAGCCAUUUUGCUUUUUCGCAAGAACCUGUACAUAUUGUAUAAAACACACAGUACUUGUGUUGUCUUAAGUGCAGCCAACAAAUGCAACCUUGAUAUUGAAAAACAAUGCAAUAAUUGAACAUCAUUCUUCUUAUUUACUGUGCAAUGUUUGACUCUGACAAGGAUAAAUAUAAAUCUGCAACGUUUUAAACUGGGCAUGUGGCAAGGCUGCUGGAAAUCCUAGAGCCAGCACUGUGCAAGAUACAUCUGCCUCUUCUCUAUCUGCUCCUACAAGGAACCUGUCGUAAGAGAUGAGAAGGGUCUCUCAAGUCUCCUGCAGGCACAGGGAUCUAGACCCUUGCAUGAAGUUUCCGUGAUCGCAUAGGCUUUCUUUGCUUGGAAUGAAGGAGUCUGGGUUUUUUUUCUCCAUACAUUGAUGUAACCGCUUCAGUGAAGUGAAUGCUUAAGCAGCAGUUCUGUGUGUAUGUGUGUAUUGGCAUACAUACUGAUAGUGGGAUAAACUCCAUAGAGUUUAUAUUAAUGGCAGCGGCUGAUUGGUAUUUUAUGAAGAAAUUAGGCACUUAGCUGAUCCCAAAGGCCUCUAGUCUUUACUUAGGGCCUGUCCAGACUGUGUUUUUUUGGUGUGGGCUGGGCUGGGCUGCAAAGAGCUGGCCGAGAUUGGGGGAAGGAGCAGUGUGCUGUUUCGUGCACUCUUUCCAUCUGAACAGCAUAUAGGCUUUUGUGUUAAUUAAAAGCUUCCCUUGAUUGUCUGCAGUUGGUCAGGGGUAGUGAAAUUGUUUUUUUGAAAAACAUCUGUUAGAUCGUCACUGGUGUGAUGUAUCACUUUGAUUAAAUUUCUAAAAAUGCUUUUCUUUGCUUGUCUAUGUAUUGCCAGUCAAAAAACUGCCCACAGGCCCUGUUUCAAUCAGCAAUACAGACAGGCAAAGGAAAAAAAAUAAUUUAAUCAAAGUGCUUAAACUAGCAACAAUCUAGCAGAUGCAAUGAAAAAAUAAUUUCACUUCCCUUGACCCUCCACAGACGAUCAGGGGAAGUGUUCAAUUUCUGAUACCCUGAAGAGGCUCAUAUACCACUUCAGGAUAUUGGAAAUUGCCACUGGAAGAAGCUGCAAGACUAGUUUAGUCUCUUCCAAGUGAUUGCACUCACUUAGAACUGACUAAACUGGAGCCCUCCAACCUGCACCAAAAUGGUAUAACCCUCUAACAGUUCAAAAAGGUGUUGGUUGGGGGAAAUUGGUUUGUUCCAGCAAUGUCCAUGUGUGGAUGCUGGAAAAAAGAGUAGACUAACCUGACCCAUCAGUGCACCAAACAGUGGGACAAACACCCAUGUGGACAGGCUCUCACUUUGGUCCUCUCCCCCCCCCCCCAAUGAUGAUGCAUUUAAUACUUUGAAGCUGCGGUUUGUCUUCUCAGCCACAUAUUUGGGUCUCAAAGCCCAGGUCAGGAGGUAGUUGCAGCUGUCCAGUCUUGCCGUGAUACAGAUGUUUGGAUGGGUACAUACAGAUGAGAGAGGUCAUAUAGAGUGAAACAUGGCCCCAGCGCAUUGGACUGUGCAGAAUAUCGUCCUGAAUCUCCCCGACAUUUAUGGAGUGGCCACAAGAGGUCUGAGACCUUUUGUCAAAGACAGAAAAAAUCAAGUAAAAUCAGAAUGCCAGGAGACUCGGUCAGCAUGGCUACUUACAGGUAUCUGGUUAUUAAAGACUCUGUAGUACAGAGAAUAUAGAGGAGUGAUGUCGCAGCCAGGGGACAGGAUGGGUGACUGGAUUCAUUAUUUAAUUGUUUCUUCCUGAGCAGAAACUGCCAGGGUGUGUGUGUAUGUGCAUGCGUGCGCACGCGUGUGCGUGUGUGUAUAUGUGUUUCUGUCAUACUGGAAGCUGUUGUUCAAACCCUUUGGACUGAUGACAUCCUUAAUAUGAGCAGAGACCAAAUGUGGAUAAACCAAGCAUGGCUGGCAACUCAGCUCAAAAGCCCCUUAGCCAUAUAACCCCUAAGCUUGUCAUAUGCUCGCUUUUGAAAGGUUGAAUGCUUUUAAGGGCCAUCGUCCCUCUCCUCCUCUUCCUUGGUUUCCUUUUGUUCUUGCUUUGUGUUGUUUGAAGUGGAUGGGAGGCAUAAUGAUAAGAGACGUGCAUAUUAUUUCACCUCAGGCAACACUGCUUAAAUUCGAUAGUAGUCAGCAGGAUGUGAAGGGACUUAACCGUGCGCAGGAGAGUAAUUGUAGCUUUAUGAAGGAUGCCUUGGAACGUCUUCUGGGAAAUGUGCUCCAAGAGUGGCCCAAAUUAAAGAAUCUCUUCUUGCCACAUCCUGUUGUGUGACAUUAACAGGUUUUAUGUUUCUGCCUCCACUUAACACAUAGCAGUACUUUUUUUGCAAUGUAUAACACCACUACCAUUUUUAAUGGAUUAUAGUUUUGGAAAAUAUUAAGUAUAUUUUAAAAAAUUCAAGUUACUCUGACAUGAACUUUGAAGUGCAGUAUGAUGUCCUUUGAUGAAAUAUUUUGAUUAUAUAGAUAUUUCAUAUAUGGUUUAUUGCCUAGCCAAGUGAAGAUUUGGAGCACGUGGACUGAGGUGAAAUAAAUUUCUGUAAAAUCGUAGGAAUGUUCUUUUUUAAAAAUCUGUUGCUUCUUUAAUGGGAAGUAUAUCUUGCAACUGUCACAUUAUAUAGAUU